UCAAGUCUCUAUCUGUUCCAGCGGCAGAGCUUUCCAUUCCUCCAUUGAAACCCAGAACCAAAACUCGGCGCAAAAUUCUACAUGAAAAAUCAAAUUGGUGAAACUUCCUUUCUAGGGUUUAGUCUCGCAUGGCGCGAAGAGUAAUGGAAUGGGCGGGUCGGGCUGAUUACAUGGGCGGCAUUCCAAGAAAGAUAGUGAUCGGAGCCGUCGGAAGCUUCGCGAAGGCCUGGGUCACCAUUCUCAACUCCACCACCGUUCACAAUGCCGAUACGCUUCUUAACCUAGUCCGCUCUCGCCCUAUUGGCCUCCCUCUCAUCACUGUAAGCAACCACAUGUCCACUCUAGACGACCCGUUUCUGUGGGGUUUCAAGGGUUUUCCGAUUUGUGAUGCCAAUUUGUCGCGGUGGGUUUUGGCCGCAGAGGACAUCUGCUUCAAAAGCUCGCCGCUUUCGUACUUUUUCCGGCUUGGCAAGUGUAUACCGAUUACGAGAGGCGCUGGGAUUUAUCAGGAGCAUAUGAACGAAGCUCUUGAAAGAUUGAGUGAAGGAGCCUGGUUGCACACGUUUCCUGAAGGAAAAGUGUACCAGGAAGAUGCACCUAUAAGAAGAUUGAAAUGGGGGACUGCUAGUCUCAUUGCUCGUGCUCCAGUGACCCCAUUAGUUUUGCCAAUUGUACAUAGUGGGUUUGAUAAGGUGAUGCCUGACAAAUCUUCUCGUGGUAAAAGGCCUCCCUUUCCAUUGCUUAAUAAGGAAAUUAAGAUAAUUGUUGGGGAGCCAAUGGAAUUUGACAUACCUAAAAUGAGGCAGGUGGCUACCACUCUGUCUCCUAAAAUGUCACAUCCUUCUUUAGGAUGGCCAAGAAUUUGUCCAGGUGGUUUGGAUGAGGCAGCACAGAGAUGUCUGUACAUUGCAAUUUCAGAGAAAAUCCAAAAUGCCUUGGAGAGAUUACGAAUUUUUGGUAAAAGUUUUACAAACUGAGAAGAUCAAAAUCCUUGCUAGUUUAUGUUUUGUUACAGAGUAUGUCAAACAGAAAGAGUAGUGCGUUUUGAGUAUUUUGACCAUCUUAACCAAGAUAUACUGGUAAACAAGGAAUUCCAUCUCUUUUCUAGAGGCUUCAAUCCCUAACCAAGUUCAGUUUUAAGGAACAGAAAAUUCUUCCAGCUCCAUUCAAUGGCAUUACACAGAUACAGUCGAACUGAGAUUUGUAGUUGAUUUAUUUGACUGGUUUUGUGAAUUCAUUUAGAGGUGUGUUAGCAAUAUUUCCCAUUUUGUAGUUGAAUACGUUCACAUUCUUCUUCCAUUGAGAGAAUUGUUACUGUAUCAUGUGAAUUUUUAUGGAUAAAUUGAUGUUUUUGUUUCAGUCUUCCACCAGGAUGUUGACAUUUUAACCGCAUGUGUUAUCAAUUUUAAACUUUUACAUUUUGUAUUUUGAAGUUAUGUCCGA